AUGGCUAUAAAGACUUCCUCAAAAUUUGAAUUCACCAACAUCGUGUGUACAUCUUUGGAUAAAAAGUUUGACGAUUUCGAGUAUUGCUAUUUAAAGUCGGUAAAUCGAAGCUAUAAAUAUGUAUCGCUAAAGGUAAAUUUAUUCAAAACUCCAAUUACGAAAGUAAAGUUUAGGGGUAUACUCUACAAACGAUUCAGCGGCUACAGGCCUUUCAUGUUUAAUGUCACCGUGGAUGCCUGUAGAUUCUUGAAUGACACAAAGACGAACCCAAUAGUUAGUUACUUUUUGGAGUUCUUUAAACCCUUCUCGAAUAUUAACCACUCCUGCCCCUUUGAUCACGAUCUUAUUGUGGAUAAGGUUUCCAUUGACUCUGUUAACUAUCGAGUUACGAAGGUCCUACCUUUUCCAGAAGGCGCUUACUUACUGGAAACCCAUUGGAUUGCUUACGAUAUCAAUCGGGCAGUGGUAAAGGUAUAUGACACUAUAUCCUAAUUAAUUUAUAAAGUAUUUACUAAAGUGAUAGAAAAGAAUUGUUGCUCCUUAAUGAAACAAAGAGAUAUUUCAGUUUUCAGGAAAACUUUAGAUUGACUAUUUCCCAAAAGCUUUAGGCCUAACACAAGAAUUGCCAACAUGUGCAUAAUUUAACCCCAAGUGCCUUUCCCAGCUUUGUUUUGCAAAACCUAUGCGCAAUUUAAUGCCAAAACGUUGCCCACACACAAACUUUCACUUGCGAAAAGUUGCAAUUUUCAAAGAGAGGUAACCACAAAGCAACAAUCACUCCACCACACAGUAAAAAAAAAAGUCCAAUGAUAAGAUCAUAUCAUAUUAUGAUGGUAUGAUGCUUUUCAUAU